CAACUAUAUAGCAUAGCAUACUUGUAUAGUACUACUACAGCUAGCUAGCGCAGCUGCGGGCUACUGUCUAGAUUAAAGCAACCUGCGAUGGAUCCGAAUAUGUGAAAUACGGCUCCGAUUUAUGAUCUUCAUCUUCCAUCUCACGUCAACCUCUUUCUCUCUCCUCCUCCUCCUCUGUCUCAUCUCCCUAUAAAUAUCACCCGCCAUAGCUUCUUUAUUAAUCCUCUCUCUGCGCCGAUAAUACAUAUAUCUUCUCCGGCCACCUUCAUUUCUUCCUGAUCGGAGCUAUACAUACACAUAUAUAUACUCUGUGUAUAUACGAUACAUAUAUGGGGGAUAACAACGUUAAUCUCCCGCCGGGCUUUCGGUUCUACCCCUCGGAUGAGGAGCUGGUGGUGCAUUUCCUCCACCGCAAGGCGGCGCUGCUGCCGUGCCACCCUGACGUCAUUCCCGAUCUCGACCUCUACCCUUACGAUCCAUGGGACUUAGACGGGAAAGCCAUGGCGGAGGGGAGGAAAUGGUAUUUUUACAGCAGAAGAACAUCGAGAAGAAUGACGGAGAACGGAUUCUGGAAGCCAUUAGGGGUGGACGAGCCAAUCUUCUCCAGCUCCGGCGGCGGCGCCGGCCAGAAAGUGGGCAUGAAGAAAUACUACGCUUUUUACGUCGGCGAGCCGCCGGAGGGCGACAAAACCGAUUGGGUAAUGCAGGAAUACCGCCUCUCUGAUUAUUCCGCUUCCACUAGCUCCAGAUCAUCCUCCAGACGAUCGAGUCGCCAUUCCAAGAUCGAUUAUAGCAAAUGGGUAAUCUGUCGGGUGUUCGAGGGAAACUAUGAUAACGGCGGCGGCGGCGAUGAUGGGACGGAGCUUUCAUGUUUGGAUGAAGUUUUCCUGUCGCUAGAUGAUCUUGAUGAGAUUAGUCUGCCACAUUAAGAUACUCAAUCAGCAUUAUAUUAAUUAAGCUAAUUAGAUCCCAUAAGCUUAGGAUCUAAAUGGCAUUAUAUUGCAUUUGCCCACCUAGUGUACUGCUACUGUUUCUUCAUAUAUAUAUGUUUUGUUCUUCUUAGCAGAAA